GCUCACAAAUAAAGAUGUUCGGACAAACAAAGCACCGUGUCGACAUCUAGAAUGUGUAACAUCCUGGAAGAUGAAGACUAAACAGGAGUUUCGUUUCAAUAUUUGACACAAGCUCAGUGUGGAAAAACUAAAGCGAUGGUUGAAGUGAGGAGGACUGAAAGUGAGCGGAAAGAAGGCAUUUGGUUGAAAGAAUCUGAGAAAGAUGCUCCGUGUGCUGGACUGAGAAGCUGAGACUUUAGGGCUGAAUGGACAGAAGAAAAAACAGACCCGGGGUUCUCCACUGGACCCCGUCGCCCAUCCAAGAGUCUCUCUCCUUCGCGCUGACAUCCGACGACUCCUGGGAGGAGGAUGACGAUGGCAAGGCCAAAGAGGAAGAGGAUGACUUCUUCAAGGAGAUGAAUGAAGACGGCAUCAUUGGGCUGUCAGAGGCCCUGGAGGAGUGGGAAUUAGGGAACCCGUGUGGCGAUCCUUGCUCCCCAGAGGACACGGUUCCUAGUGGAGGCGACAAGGAUUCGUCUCUAAAAUCCUCAGGAGAUGAUCUUCAACCCCGGCCAGCCCCAGCAGUUGAAAACCCAGAGCCUAGCGGUCUGGCCUCUGAGUCCACGGUCACCUCCUCCUUUUCUCCUCACCGUUACACGCUCACCGAGGAGGAGCUGACGACUGCUUCAGGGAUCGAAGCAGAAACCUUCCCAGACACAGAAACAGAGUCUUGCUGCAGCAGCGUGAGGUCCAGCGCAUCGCGCCUGGAGCUGAAGCUCAGAGGUUCCCCUCGGGCAGCUGUGCCCCUUUCUGAACAAGUUGUGUUGGAGAAUAUUUCUUCAGAAGGAUCAGAGAAGCAGAAAGCUGGACUCCCUGCUGAAGCUCUGAAGUCCAGGACGUGUUCCUUCGGCAGAGCCUCGAACAGCUCGGCAGAGUCCAGAGGUUGUGACAGAAACAUGAAAGCUGCUGGAGCCAGAAGUAACCCUGCAGGAACGGACGAGCUCAGGAGAGCAUCACUGUCUCAUCAAACCCCGAACUUCUCGAAGGUGGAACCCAGGAUUCAUUUCCCUAAGCGAGGCUACAAGCCUCCGAAAGGCAGGAAGUUGUUAGAGAGAGCCACGAUGUCGCCGCAGCCCCCCAUCGUGUUUAAAUCCCCCGCCGACAUCGUUCAGGAAGUCCUGUUCAACAGUGACAGAUCCUCCCCCUGUGAUACCAACACGCCCACCAAGGCUGCCAGCUCCACCGUCCCUCCAGAGUUCAGGUGUCGGCAGCAGGCCACCACUCUGCUGCAACAGCUGCAGGAAGACUACGACAGGCUGCUGACCAAGUACGCGGAGGCGGAGAACACCAUCGAUCGUCUCCGUCUGGAGGCAAAGGUGAACCUGGACUCUGAGCCUCCGAAGGCCGGUCACGCCGUGCCUGCUGGGCUGAACCAGACGGCUUCAAAACUGUUGAAGAUGGAUUUGUUUUAUCCUCACAGAGCUGUGACCGGCUCUCCUGGACGAGCUGCUCAUCAGGAAAAGUUAGACGCCUCUUCUUUGCCAUCCGACUUCGGACAACAACUCUCCAACAUCCUGUUCACUCAGUCUGAGAAGUUCCUUCAGCAGGUGCAAACUUUUGAGGAUCUCCUUAAGAAUGAUAAACUCGCAUCCUUAGAAGAAUUAAAGCGCGGCGUUUCUCAGCUCUACGAAGGGCUGAACUCUCUAGAGAGAGGAUACCUUCUGGCUCGAGAUGAGCACAAACUCCUGCAGCAGAGAGGACUGGAAACCCAACAUUUUGACCCCGAACGAACCCUGGAGAGCCUGAUCUUUCAGUGCGGGCUGCGGAUGGAGGAUCUGAAGGAGCAGGUGGAUCGGGUUCAGCUGAACACGAUUGAGCAUCAGGAGCCGAUUCACCUGGAAUCGGUUCAGCAGAAGCAGACUGAGCAGGUGGAGCAGAUUCAGCAGGAGAAGAUUCAGCUGGAGUUGGUUCAGCAGAAGCAGACUCGGCAAGAGCCGAUUCAGCAGGAACCGAUUCAGCAGCAGGAUCCGAUUCAGCUGGACCUGACUGAGCAUCAGGAGGCGAUUCAGCUGCUGUUGGUUCAGCAAGAGCAGACUGAGCAGAAUCAGAUUCAGCAGCAGGAGCCGAUUCAGCUGGAGUUGAUUCAGCAAGAGCAGCUUCAGCAGCACAAAGCUGUUGCUUCUUGUCGUUCUUCACCUCCUCUGACCUCCUCAUGUGAUCCGUCUGAAGGAGAAGUAACCCAGACUCAGCCGCAGAGUCCGUCUUCCCAGACUGGUUCUGGUUCUGCAGCAGAGCUGGAGAUAAACUCAGCUUGUAAAAAGAGUGAGGAAGAGGAAGAUGUGGCUGAAGACGACCUCAUGUCUCUCUACUUAAGAUCUUUGUCUAGAAGGGGCAAACAUGAUGAGUUUGAACAAUCUGAUUCGCUGGAUUACUGCCGAACACUGAAGGAGUGUUUCAUAGUUCCCAAAGCUACGUCCUCUCUUCCUUCAAACUCGCCUCCAAAACACGGAGGAGAGAAAAAAGAGCAGAAAGGUUGGAGAAAUGGAAACGGCGAAGUCCAGGAAACUUUUGCACAGAGCAGAAAAGUGGAAUCGGACGUCGACUCUCUGCGACGCAGUAAGACCAGCCUUCCCUCCUGCAGCCCGCCCUCCACGCCGCCUGCUGCUUCGGCCCGCAGCAGGAAACGUUUGGAGCGGAGCAGCAGCCUGAGCAGCGCCUGCAGCCUGGUGGACGGAGCGCCAGAGUGGAGGAACUGCAAGGUCCAGACAGGAAGCAGGCGGGUCCUGUCUCAGGAUCGAAUCUCCCCAGAGACGGACAGCGGCUUCAUGGGCUCCGAGAGCAGCCGUCUGAUUCCUGGUGCAGUUCCACUGUGCCCCCACCAGAUGGCGACAGAGAGCGUGUCGGCGCCUCAGGACAGAAGCCCAAACAGGCCCCUGUCAGCCUGCCAGCUGGAUGCGGGGCCCAGAGACGGCACCGAGCCGGAGCCCCGUCCCAGGAGGAGGAGCAGGCAGAGGAGGCGCACCUUCUCCCCCCAGAGCUUCAUCAGCCAGAGGAAACAGGCCAGAGCCGACGCCAGGCCCUCUGGCCUCUGGACGCUCUUUUACUCGAGCACAAGCAACGCUCACUCGCCCUCUGAGGACCAGCAGAGCGCCCGCUCCACCGCCGGCUCUCUCUCCAGCUCCCCGCCGGCCGCCCGCCGUCGCCAUGGCGACCCCCCCAGGGCUCGGAGCUCCAGCAGGGGGGGCCGGGGGAACCCCAUUGACGCGUUCCUGAUGCUGCAAGCCGAAGUUAACCACCUGAAGGAGAGACUGGAUAUUUCUCAGAGGAACGAGAAACCGCCGAGCUCGGCGAAAAACGAGAAGCCGCUGGGCGCCGCGGUGACUUCGGCUCAGAAAAACUUCUGCCACCGCUCCUCCCCGCCUCCCAUCAGAUCCGUGGAGCUUUGCAGCGACGUCGGUCUGGAGAGGAGAUUAGUUCAGACCCUGGAUGACAUCGAACCCGAGACGCUUUCUGGUAAAACGGCCAGAGAGACGAGAGACGCUGCUGCGCCAAAACAACAAAAUCACUUCUUCAGGGGAUCAGAACUGGAGCAGCUUCAGGCUCAGGUUUCCAGAUUUACCCAAACGUCUCUGGCGCCGCUGAAGGUCUCCUCUAACGUUCACAGCAGGAACACACAGACGUGGAUGUCCUCUGCUCCGGACGCUGCAGACAAACCUGACAGCGAAGAUCAGAGUCACCUCUGUCCUCAGUGCUCGUCCGUCCUCAGACAGCCAGCCUAUCCACCAGGUGGCAGCAGAGAGCCGUUGGAUUCUCCGUGUUGGUGCCGCUGUUCCAUCUGUGGACUCCUCAAAAUACACAAAUCCACAGAUUCAGAUUGUUACAGAUAUUUUCCCCCCACUCACAAAAACCACCAGCCAGAUUCCUCAGACAGAGUUUCCUCCAGGAGGUUCAGCAGUUCAGUGUCACCUUCACCCCCGAACCAGGAGCCUUUGUACCAGCAGCAGCAGCUGCUGCUGCCCUCCAAACCUCAGUACUCCUUUGCUGACGCGUCGCCGGGCCACGGCUCAGGACUCCGGUGGCCCAGAGAGAGGAAGCACCGGCGCAGACGCUCGCACGCGGUGGAGGCCCAGACGUCGCUGGACGGCUCUCUGGAGCGCGCCAUCCGUGCGGCGCGGCGCAUGAAGCGCACGUCCAGCCACAUGGCGCGCUCGCUGGCGUCGGGCCUCGUCUACCAGAAGCUGCUCUCGCAGUCCUGCUACUACUAGAGGCGAGCCGCAAGCCGAGCCGCUCCGGUCACGGGCAGGGACAGCAACGCUACCAACGUCAAUAAAAACAGUAACUUUCCACUUUGUUACUUUGCUUUGGUUUUACUCUCAGGAGAAACUUUUCUGUUCGGGUUUUGGAGCUGAAUUUUAUUAUUUUAUUUUUUUCUGAGUUUCGGUUAUAAAUUUUGUCAAUAUGUCAAAAAAACAUUAUUUUGUAAUUGCUUUGUUUCCACUUCCUGUCGUCAUCGUCUUUGUUGUUUCCAGCAGUGGUAACAUCCUGUUGUGGGUCACCUGCAAAACAGUUUUUUUUUCUUACAUUCCAGUUUUGAUAAAGUAAAAAAAAAA